CUAUUUCACGCACCUGAUGAGCUGGGAGCUGGCACUGCUUCUGGUAGUGAUGGUGACAGUGAAUUAGAUGUCUGGAUUGGCAGUCGAGGCGAACAGAGCGGCGACAGACAACCUGGUGGUGGGAUAAGGUGCUCCGGAGUCCAUGUAACACGAGAAGACGAGAUUACUUGCCAGGUGGACCUUAACAAGCUUGUUAAGGACCGGAUAUAUCCUGUAGAGAUUCGAGUAGUUUUCGCAAUUAUCCAUUCUGACCAGCAUUAA